ACCUCCAACGACCUUGAAACCGACCUCCUAACGCACCUAACCACCACGCCGGCCCUCGACGACCUGCACAGCACGCUCCUCGCGGCCCUGCAACGCACCGGCUGGACCGAGAAGAUCCGGCGGCUGGCCCAGGAACUCCUGCGGGGGGGACGGUGCGAGCGGUUCGACGAGGUGAUCGAGGCGGUGGUCGCGUCCGCCGAGGGACGACGGCAUCCGUCGCUCCACUCGCCCAGCAGAACCAAUACCAACGGGGCAGCGGGCAUCAAGAAUGAAGAUGAGGAUGCCUCGGAUCACGCUGCGAAUGGGCGGAAGGACGCCAGCGGCAGCGGCGAUAAUGCAGCGUACUUUGAAACUGUGGAUGUGCGGAUCCCCUCCGCCGUCGUGGAGCAGGGCGUCCGCGCCCUCAAGGAGGUUCUGCGCGAGGUGGUGAUCCUCGAGGGGGAUGGGGAU